UGCCCUCCCGCCUCAUCACUGCCUGUUAUCCAUCUGGAAUCCUAAGGCCCAAGUAAACCCUUUCUCCUCCUUGAUCCAGGUGAUGGUUGAAUCACGAUAAUGCCAGCAUCCGAACUGUAACCAGAUCUCUGGGCACAGAAAUCAGCAUCUGAAUGCACAGUGCACAAGACCAAACCCCAAGAGGGCACCAACAGGACACGGUAUCCAACCCUAGUAAUUCCAACACUCUAGAGUUGGAGACAGGAGGAUCAGAAGUUCAACGUUAUCCUUGGCUAAGUAGGGAGUUCAAGAACUGUGUGGUGUACAUAAGACCCUCUCUCAGAAUGAAUAUGUAGAAGUCAAGCUCACAAAACGAAAAUAUUUGAGAGCCGAGCAUGGCGGCACAUGCUGUAGUCCCCCGAACUCAGAAGGCAGAGGCAGGUGGAUCUCUGUGAGUUGAAGGCUAGCCUGAUCUACAGAGAGUUCCAGGGCAGCCAGAGCUAUGCAGAAAAACCCUGUCUCAAAAAAAAGAAGAAAAUAUUCGAAAUAUGAGCCCUUCGAAGCCAGAAGAGAACAUCAUAUCCUCAUGAAACCAGAGUUUCAGACUGGUGUGAGCUGCCUGUCGCGGAUAGUGGGCAUCUAACCUGAGUCCUGUACAAGACAGACGAGCACUGUUAACCACGGAGCCAGAUCCCUGGGACAGGGUCUCAGUAUGUCUGGCCUGGAACUCGACACGUAGACCACGCUGACCUCAAACACGCGGAGAUCCGCCUCUCAAGAACCAGAAGCAAAGGCAUAUACCUUACCGGGCAAGAAUUUAACUUUGCAUCUUUGAUGGAUAAAGCAACCAGAAAUCUCUGUGGCUGAUUAACUCCUGUUUCAUUGAAUUAAGAUUGAACAGAGGCGACAUGUCAGAAGAGACAGUCAGCAGAUCACAGUUCUCCUUGAAGACGUGCGCAGUUAGGGUGUUUGCUCUCCCCGUGUCUUGGUAUCAUUCUCUCUCGCAGAUCAAAUUUUCACCAGUAGCUAAGAAGUUGUUCUUGGUGACUGCGGCGAGUGCUGUGUCUGUGAUCCUUCUGGCCCAUCACUUUAAAAGAAGACGGGGAAAACAGAAGAGAACUGAGCUGCCCUGGGAGCCGGAGCACCUUCUCCUCGAGCACACCAGGAGAGCCGCGUCAGACAAAGGUUCGAGUUGCUCCAGUAGUAGACAGAAUCUGACCCUGUCGCUAAGUUCCACCAAAGACAAAGGAUCUCAGUGUUGCAGCUACCUGAAUGGAGGGCUUCUCAGCAGAUACUCCGGCUCUGCCCAGAGCUUGGGCUCUGUCCAGAGUGUUAACUCCUGUCAUAGUUGUGCCUGUGGAAAUUCUAACUCCUGGGACAAAGCAGAUGAUGACGACAUCAGACUUGUUAACAUUCCUGUGACCACGCCUGAGAACUUGUAUCUGAUGGGUAUGGAAUUAUUUGAAGAGGCGUUACGUCGAUGGGAACAAGCUCUGACGUUUCGAAGUAGACAGGCUGAAGAUGAAGCCUGCAGCUCUGUCAAACUGGGAGCUGGAGAUGCCAUUGCAGAAGAAAGUGUGGAUGAUAUUAUUAGUACAGAAUUCAUCCAUAAACUUGAAGCUCUGCUUCAGAGAGCGUAUCGUCUCCAAGAGGAGUUUGAAGCUACGCUUGGGGGAUCUGACCCUAAUUCCCUUGCAAAUGAUACUGAUAAAGACACAGAUAUGAGCGUGAGGGAGACUGUGGAUGAGUUCGGCCUGCCAGACACCAUGAACGUUGACUCCGCAGAUCUCUUUGCUUCAGCCACAGAGCUUGCGGAGCACAGAGAAGCACAGCAAGCCUACAGCCUGGAGUCUUUUUGCCGCUGCCCUUUCUACGAAGAAGCUAUGCAUUUAGUUGAAGAAGGAAAAAUUUACUCCAGAGUUCUGAGAACCGAGAUGCUGGAGUGCCUGGGAGACAGCGAUUUUCUCGCCAAGCUUCACUGUAUCCGGCAGGCCUUUCAGCUAAUCCUUGCAGAAGCAGACAACAGGUCGUUCCUUGCUGAAAGUGGGAGGAAAAUUUUGUCAGCUUUAAUUGUGAAAGCCCGGAAGAAUCCAAAGAAAUUUCAAGAUGUUUUUGAUGAAAUGAUGUAUUUUUUAGAGCAGACUGAUCACUGGGAUAGUACUGAGAUGGAACUUGCUGCCAGAGGGGUGAAAAAUUUAAAUUUUUAUGAUGUGGUUCUGGAUUUUAUAUUAAUGGAUUCCUUUGAAGAUCUGGAAAACCCGCCGACAUCCAUUCAGAGCGUGGUGAGCAACCGCUGGCUCAACUCUUCCUUCAAAGAAACCGCUGUGGCCUCAAGUUGCUGGUCAGCGCUGAAACAGAAAAGGCAGCAGGUGAAGAUCUCAGAUGGAUUUUUCGCCCAUUUUUAUGCCAUCUGUGAGCAUGUCAGUCCUGUCUUAGCCUGGGGCUUCUUGGGUCCGAGAAAUUCUCUCUAUGACUUAUGUUGCUUCUUUAAGAAUCAAGUUCUUUUCUUUCUCAAAGACAUCUUUGACUUUGAGAAGGUGCGCUAUUCCAGCAUAGAUACGCUGGCAGAGGACCUCACACACUUACUCAUGCGCCGCACGGAGCUGCUAGUCACCUGUCUUGGUGCAGACGCCCUGAGGCAUGCCACUGCCUGUACUAGCGGGCACUCCCACACUGUGCCCACUGCGCUGUUAGAAGCCAAAGUACAAUAAGUACCAGAAGAGGUUUGAGACCACUGUCCAGUGCUCUAGGGUAACUGCCGACGGUGAGUGGGCCUCAGAGUCUACAGGAUUGAUAACGUGGCCUCAGGGAGGAGGGCCUUGUCUAGGAUGGGUGGGUGUGGCCUCAGGGAGGAGGGCCUUGUCAAGGAUGGGUGGGUGUGGCCUCAGGGAGGAGGGCCUUGUCAAGGAUGGGUGGGUGUGGCCUCAGGGAGGAGGGCCUUGUCAAGGAUGGGUGGGUGUGGCCUCAGGGAGGAGGGCCUUGUCAAGGAUGGGUGGGUGUCCUGCAUGUAUGCAGGAGGUUUGUCAUUGAAGCCAUGCUAUGGAUCCAGAGUGACUUUUUAAUAAUCUUUGGGUAAUAAUUUAAGUUGUGAAAUGUUGCAUAUCUUGUGACUGUUGCUUGAAUUGAAGCCAAUGCUAUAGGAGUCCAUUGUCUUCACACAAUCUGCAGUGUCCAGUAUCAUCCUCAAAUGUGUCUUGACGCUUUGCUCCUUGAAAAUACACUAGCCCAAGGUGAUUGUAUUUGUGUAACAAUCUAUGACUUCUAGCAUCAACAUACUUAACUUUGCCUGAAAUGUAUUUCUAACCAUAUUUACUAUUUGUUUAAUAGAAUUUAUACGAUAGAGAUGUUUACCUGUGCUGUUUACCCAUGACUUGUAUAUUUGCUACUGUAUUUGAAUCAAAGAAGUCACCCUCACAAAGGACUGGCUGCCCAGCUGAGGGUGGUGAGCAGUUUACAGUGCCCACCUGGGGAGGGUCGCCUGCAGGCCAGAGGCUGUUACUGUUGUCCUGUAAGUUAUGAUACACUGAGUAUUUUUAUCUCAUUUUCCCUCAGAUGAAUAUUAAAUUUGAAAAUAUCAUUUAUUUACAAAAAAAAGAAUUAAAAAUGUAUCCUCUUUUAAAUGUAACUUUGAGGCUUGCUUAAAGUAUUAAACUUUAGAAUAAGAUAAUUUCCUUUUUUUCACAAAACAAACUUUUAAUUACAUAGAGUUUAUCACAUUAGAACUUUGUCAUGUUAUGCAGAAAUGUUAAAAAUACUCAUACUUUGAGCUUACGUUUUAAAGGAAUUUUUCUCUCAGUUGUAAAAUGCUAAUAUUUUAAAUGCUAUGGGAGUAUAAUUUUAUGUCCUUAUGAUAAACAUAUGAGCAACUGGGUUAUAAGUAACCUUCAAAGUACAUUCUAUAUUUUCAAGGUUUCAUUAAUUUUGCUUUAAGAUCAUGAACCAUGUUUUCACCAGUGGAUUGGAUUCACUGACUUGUUGUUCUAAAGUGGGCUGCAUUGAUUUUAAGAGAGAAUUAUACAGAAGGAUGUGAAAUGGGUUUUUAAAUAAUGCAUUUUUAGAUUAAAGUGCCUAGAUUAAGGUUAAUGAUGAGAAAAUAAAAAGUGAAAAGAAGUUUAAUUUUUUAAGACUUUAAGCAUAUAGGUGCAUCACAGUUAUGUAAUCAGUUACCUGUGCCAUUAGCUGCAGGCUCUGAGGCCUGUGCUCUCAGGCACGGCCUUUGCCUUCUCCCCGUAGUUCUUCCUUUCCUGACCACCAUGCGCGAUUCUGCCUGAGGACGAAGCGCACUGAGCCCCAGCUCCCUUCCUGCUUUCACUUUAGAUAUUUUUACCUAUGAGCUGUCACCAAUGUGACACAUGUGUGCGUGCCUUCCUGUUACCACAUAAGCAAGACAGUUGUGCAUUAUAUUCAUUUAUUCAUUGGAGAUCUAAGUGUUUUGUCCUGUGGUUUUGUAAACAGCGAUAUAAGUGUACUAUCUUUUAGAGGGAAAUCCUCGUUGAAAUGGUUUGGAAGAACUGCACUGUAUAACAGUAAACCUGCAAUGAUGUGAGAUGAUCUUGGUGGGUGACCUUUCCAAAAAGUAUUUGAUUUUCUUUCUGGUUUUACAUUCCAGUUAAAAAAAUAAAUUGCCCAUCUUCAAGAAAGGGUUCCUUUGUCAAACUCAGUGCUUAAGUUUUGAUGGGUUAUUAACUAGAAUAUAAACAAGAUAGUUUGUGGCCUUUGAUAAAAGAGAUCAGAAUGACCAAAUAAAAUUUGGGAGCAAUAAAUGUAGGAGAAAAAUCUUUGGUGGGAGGUUUGGGAAAGCUUAACUUUUUAAAGGAAAAUGUCUUUUUAAAAAGACUAUCUGUGGCUCUGACUGUUGAAAAUACAUACCAGUUUUUAUUUGCCUUAAAAUUAAACAUAGAAGCAAUGCUUUAACAGAUAAAAGCAAAAUAUCAAGCGAGGGUAGAGCCUGUUACGGAAAGAAGACUCACGGUGUUAGCCGAAGAUAGCUACCAUGUGCAAGAUGAUCGAGGGCAGAGUUGAGCCUGAGAAAACUGGGACAACUUCAGUUGAUUUAUUUUCCUUUAUUUGUUUGUUUUUCUAUGUUCUUGUUCAACUAAAAAAGUAGUUAUUUCUUCCCAAAGGUUAACACUAUGUUCAUAAAUUAACAAAACAGAAUUCUCUGUUUUUACAAGAAGCCACGGUUUUCUAUUCUGUAACAGUCAGCUCGAAAGAGCUGUGUCUGUCUCCCGAAACACACUUCUCACAUGAGCCAUUGAUUUGUUGAGCUGACUGACUACUGGAAGUAUUUACAAGUGUUUCUCGGCUGUAAGAUGUAGCGUUUCCUCCUUUCUUUCUGGCAACUGCCCUAGAGAUGGGGAGGGCCAGCGGGAGGGUGAGAAAGCGGAGGUGAGCUCCGCCCCGGCCUGUCCGGACCAGACUGCAAGCUGUGUUCAUAACGCUGGUUUUUAUUUUUAAUAUGAACAGUAUUGAUAAUUAACAUAAUUAAACUGUAAUUUUAAACUGACUAUGAGAAUCAGCCUGAGUUAAAAUCUGUGAAUUGUUAAAUUAAGAAAUAUGUAUGUGGGGGCCGGUGAGAUGGCUCAGAGGUUAAGAGCUGUGGCUGCUCUUCCAGAGGUCCUGAGUUCAAUUCCCAGCAACCACAUGGUGGCUCACAACCAUCUGUAAUGAGGUCUGAUGCCCUCUUCUGGAGUGUCUGAGGACAGCUACAGUGUACUUACAUAUAACAAAUAAAUGUUCAAAAACAAUGUGUAUGUGAAAGUGAGUGGUCUGCACCCUGUGAUGACUGGCUGUGAACUGCUUGUUCUUAGUGACUAUGUCAUGUCCGUCCUCCUGACUGGCCUCAGCGUAUCUGCCUCUUCACUGUAAGGACGGAACUCAUUAAUUUGUAUAAAGUAAAUCACUGCAGUGGCCGACAGCAGCCCCGUCCUUCACGGCAGUGGAGUGAGCAUGUUUUCUGUUCCAGCCAAAUAAACCAGUGAAGGUGUCUUGGUGAUGUGCUGGCUGCAUUAGUCAUGUUCUCUAUGGCGUGCGGUCACAGACGCCUCCGUAGGUCUGCCCUUUCACAGGCCACAGAGGGAGGCAGAGAGAAAGGAGGACUGAAAUCAAAUGUAGAAUACUACCAGAUAUCGUUUGUGCUACCAUGGAAAUAAAGAUACCAUUGUGAUUAAUAACA